ACUUGUCCUUCUCCUAUAUAAUCUCCUCAUCAUUUCACCUCUUCUUCAUCCUCAUCCCUUCCUUCUCUUCAUUUUCCCUUGUUCAAUCCAUUUUUGUAUUUUAAUUUAAUAAUCUUAAUUUCUUUAGUUCAAUUUUGUAGCAAAAAAAAAAUGUUGAAAUCAAUUGCUGUUGGGUCUCCUCUUUUUAGCUCCACAAUUUCCUCGAAGGAAAGUGGUUUAUGCCAUGGAUUUCCUUCCAAUUUUCUGGGAUUUGGAGGAGUUCAAGGGAAAAGAAAUGGGCAUGGUAGAAUUGUUGCUGCUCUGCAAGAAGGAGGACCCAUGACUGGAAUAGUAUUUCAACCUUUUGAGGAGGUUAAAGGUGAUGAUUUCAUGGUGCCCAUCUCCCCUCAAGUAUCUAUUGCGAGACAGAGAUAUGCUGAUGACUGUGAAUCUGCCAUUAAUGAGCAGAUCAAUGUGGAGUACAGUGCUUCCUAUGUGUACCACUCUCUUUUUGCCUACUUUGACAGAGACAAUGUUGCUCUCAAAGGCUUAGCCAAAUUUUUUCGUGAGUCGAGUGAAGAAGAAAGAGAACAUGCUGAGAAGUUGAUGAAGUAUCAGAACAUGAGAGGUGGAAGGGUAAAGCUGUUUUCAAUCCUCAUGCCUCCAUCAGAAUUUGAGCAUGUUGAAAAGGGCGAUGCUUUAUAUGCAAUGGAGCUGGCAUUGUCAUUGGAGAAGCUGGUGAAUGAAAAGUUGUUGAACUUGCAUGGUGUGGCCGAGCGAAGCAAUGAUGUCCAAUUACAAGAGUUUGUUGAAAGUGAAUUUCUGAAUGAACAGGUUGAGGCAAUCAAGAAGAUUGCUGAGUAUGUCACACAAUUGAGAAUGGUUGGCAAGGGACACGGCGUGUGGCAUUUUGAUCAAAUGCUCCUUCACGAGGGUGUGAACUGAUCUAAUUUGAUUUGAGCUGAUCGUGAACGUCUUGUGUAGCUCUACGAUGGGAGGCUUAAGUUUCUCUCGCUCAAAUAAACUUAUUUUUAGUUUUGGAUGGAAUAUGGUUAGAAGCUAGAAUAUGUAGUAAAGCUUGUAUGAAUGAAUGUACCUGGAGUGAUGUUUACAAGGAUGAUUGUAGUAUUCUAAUAAUGUAAGCUAUUUAGCUAAUAUUUGAAGUUAGUCCUUCUAAAUUCUCCACUUCCAUUUUGUUUUGCCUACUUAUUCUAGGAAAUGUGAUAGCUCUUUCCAUGUUUACAAGGAUGAUUGUAGUAUCUUAUUUUAAUCUGUUCUUCCUUAGAUUUCAAGAAUAAUAUGUGAUUGUAUCAGUUUUUUUUCUAAAUAACUAAAAAUUGAAUAAAGCCUCAUAAUUCAUGAAU